AGCCCUUCGACACAGACAAAUACACCGACAUCGCUUCACCAUGCCUACCGUUCGAAAGCGCCGCACCAUCAAGACUCCCUCUCGCAAGGUGACCCGCAAGGUUGCUAACAAACACAAGAAGAAGGUCAAUGUCAUUGGCAACAAGAUCAUCCGAGACAACUGGGACAAGAAGGCCACUCUUCGUCAAAACUAUGCUCGCUUGGGUCUGCUCCCCUCAUUGAACGGCGUCACAGGAGGCACAGAGAUCAAGGAUGAGGAGGAACUUGCAGAGAGCGAACAAAAGUCGCUGGAGGAAUUGGCAGAAUCGCUGACGGAGGAACAGGGAAUCAUCCAGCGUGAUGAACACGGCAACAUUAUCAAUGUGAUUGUUGGCAAAGCCAAGACCAAGGAGGAGAUCGCAGAGAUGAUGGAGAGGGAUAUCGAGCCCGUCAAGGCCAAGACGGACGUUGUGCGUGCACUCGAGGCCCAGGCGGCCAAUGUACUCAAGACGGAGAGAUAUCAGUCCGAGGGCGAGUUGGUCUGGGCGGCGAAAUUGGUGGAGAAAUAUGGGGACGACUACGAAAAGAUGUUCUGGGAUCGCAAGUUGAACCCGAACCAGCAGACGGCUGCUCAGCUGAAGAAGAGAAUCCAUGCGCUCUUGGCCUGAGGUCGCCUUCCUUUUUCUUUGACGAAAUUGCAGUAUUACCCCGUUUCGAUGCGGCCACCUUUUCAGUUUUCACUUCAUGUACCAUAGACCUCUUUCGUGACAUUCGCAUAUUAAACCGUGGGUAUAAUAAUACCCACUGUGCUCUACAG